AUGCAAUUUAAUAUUAUUGAGUGUCUUAAUGAUGGUGUGAUAUCAAAAAAUUAUGAUAAUUGGGAAGAUUUAAUGAUUUUUUUAAGAGGUGAAAUGGAAGAAGAUACUCCUACUUUUGGUUAUUAUUGGAUUGAUAUUGAUGGUAAUUUAAAUUAUCUUUCAUAUAACACAGAUUAUGAGGAAAUGUUUAGGAAUUGCAAAAAAUUUGAUCAAUUUAUUAUUAAUAUUGUUCAUACAAACUUUUUGGAUUACAUCUCAAGUAAUACUCACUAUUAUUGA